AUGGAAUCUGAUAGACCUAGAUUCAUUAAAAAGGAAGAUGAAAACAAUAAUUCUUCUGAUUCUUCAGGAGGUGGAACUGGUGCUACUGCUGCUGCUGCUACAGUAGGAGCAGCUACUUUAUUUAGUAUGAACGAACAAGAAGAUGAAGAUGUUAGGAAUGCAUCUGAUAAAAGUAUCCCUGCGCAAGAUAAUCAAUUUAUGCUUUUAACUAAAAAAUUGAUAGAGGUGCGCAAUAUUCUGAUGAGCAUUGAUCAUAAUGAGGCAUUGAGGCUACCAAGCAUUGUAGUCAUAGGCAGCCAGAGUUCUGGCAAAAGCUCCGUAUUAGAAGCAAUUGUCGGACAUGAAUUCUUACCAAAGGGAUCGAAUAUGGUAACACGAAGGCCUAUUGAAUUAACAUUGAUUCACACACCAAAAUCUAAGGAGGAAUACGGUGAAUUUCCUCAGCUUGGUUUAGGGAAAAUCCAUGAUUUUUCUCAUAUACAACAAACAUUACGUGACUUAAAUCUUGCUGUAUCAGAGUCUGAAUGUGUUUCCAAUAAAUCUAUUGAGCUACGUAUUUAUUCUCCAAAUGUACCUGAUUUAACGCUUAUUGAUUUGCCAGGCUAUAUUCAAGUUACGAAUAAAAAUCAACCUGAAACAUUAAAGGAUAAAAUUGUUGAAUUAUGUGAACAGUAUAUUAGAGAACCAAAUAUUAUAUUAGCGGUCUGCGCUGCUGAUGUUGAUUUGGCAAAUUCUGAAGCAUUAAAAGCUAGUCGGAAAGUGGAUCCAUUGGGUUUACGAACAAUUGGAGUUAUAACUAAAAUGGACUUGGUAGAACCUGAAAUUGGUUCUGCUAUAUUACGCAAUACCGAUUAUCCUCUGCAUUUGGGUUAUAUUGGUGUGGUCUGUAAACCUCCAACAAAUAGGAACAAUCAAAAAAACAUUACUUCGGCUUUGAUGCGCCAUGAAGAGCAAUUCUUUCGUAGUAACUAUGUGUACAGUCAGCGUGGUAUUCAAGUUGGUACAGGAACUUUGCGCAGAAAGCUCAUGGAAGUGUUGGAAGAAAGUAUGGCUAAGUCAUUAUUUUCAAUUGUUGGAGCUGUCCAAUUAGAAUUGGAAGAAGCCCGAUACCAAUUUAAAGUACAAUAUAAUGAUAGGCGGAUUACCGCUGAAUCAUAUGUUGCGGAGACAAUAGAUUCUAUAAAACAUAAUUUUAAAGACUUUGCUCAUUCAUUUGGAAAACCACAAGUUAGGCAUGAGGUUAGAACUAUGCUGGAACAAAGAGUAUUAGAUCUCUGUGCUGAAUUAUAUUGGACAGAUAGUAAAAUUGUCGAUUUAACAAAAGCAUCUGCGGAUGAUCUUUAUUGGCAAUAUAAACUUGAUAUGAGUUCGGCUGCACUUACUAAGAGUGGUAUAGGUCGAACGAGUACUCAGCUAGUCGUGGAUGUGCUAAUGGCUAAUAUGGAAAAAUUGGCUUCAAUGGAGCCAUUAAAUAACCAUCCUGACACCAGUAGUAAAGUGUUAAAUUUCAGUAAUGAAAUUUUGCGAAACAAAUUUCAUACAACUGCUGAUCAAGUUGAAAAUUGUGUUAAGCCUUAUAAAUAUGAAGUUGAGUGCAGUGAACAAGAGUGGGCUGACGGAGUUAAACGAUCAAUAAUACUCUUAGAAAAAGAAUUGGAAAGCUGUGAUAAAGCUUUACGGCAUAUUAGGAAUACCAUUGGGAAAAAGAAGCUUAGAGCUGCUAUUAAAUACGUAUUGGAUGCUGAAAAAGAAGAAGCUAAACGUGUUCAGGCUCGGAUUAAAGAUAUAGGCGAAGCCAACAGUGAAGCUAGUACUCAUACUAUACCACUUGCCGCAUUGAUAUCUUCUGUAAAUGAUGUAACGGAAGAGGGUGAUGUAGAACAUACUCGUCUUCAUUUUAAUCCUAAAGUACUUGAAAGGGCUCGCGAAGCUAUAUUUCUUCGUGAUCGUUCAAUGAUACUUAAAUAUCGUUUAGCAGCCCUAAAGUCACGGCAAUGUAAAUCACCCGAGAGUAAACAAUAUUGUCCAGAAGCAUUUCUAAAUAUGGUUGCCGAAAAACUCACCUAUACCGCCGUAAUGUUUAUUCAGGUUGAAUUAUUAAAUGAAUUCUUCUUUCAGUUCCCUAGAGAAGUAGACAACCGACUUGUUUAUGAUUUGGACAGGAAACAAAUAUUAACUUUCGCAAAAGAAAAUCCUCACAUCAGGAAACAUUUAGAAUUGCAAGAGAGAAAACGGAAAUUAGAAGAAGUUAUGGAAAAACUAAAUUAUCUCGUAAGAAGACAAAGAGAUAUUGAAGGACGUAAAGGUCCAGCUAAUUUAUAA